GUACAGUACAUGUACAUGUACAUGUACUUUGUACCUGUGAAAUCAGAGAGUUAGCCUGUAUCAUCCGCUCCCGUGGCAGAUUGUAAAUCGGACCAACUCGCCCCGUUUUCAUUCUAGGAAUCUCACAUCCUAGCCGUCCCCCUAUGCUCUACAGAGUAAUUAUGAGCCUAAUCAGCGGGGGGAAAAGAAUGGAAGAAGGAAAAUUUUCAUGUAAGUCCCGCUCUCUCUCCUUAGUGGAGCUGGCAACCUGCUUGUUGGCCCAGUCGUGCCCUUCUUUUAGCGCCCGGAUGCCGCAUCCUUGCUCGAAUGCUGCAUACAACUAACUCCAUCUACUCACAUAAUUCCCCUGCGAAUGAUGAAUUCUUCAAAAGGAAACAUUUGUUCCGUUUUGCUUUCUUUUUCCAUUUCGUUAUUUUACUACGGAGUACUCCGUACUCUGCUCUCUAAUUGUUCCUGCACCCUCUCCCUGCUGUGUUCAGCCCUCGAUGGAAGAAGCGGCCACGAUGCCCCAGUAGCAUGCUGUUCUUUUAUUUGCUUUUUCUUCAGCCCCUCGUUACGACGCCACACGACGUCGUGGUUUGAGUUAGGGGUUUAUUUUUACUGCACAUUUUCACUUUCCACCGUGAUGAACGAUGGCAUUUGCUGGCAGUUGUCCAGGGCAUGCUUUAACAAAUACGGGGUAGUAAUGCCAACAAAAAAACUGCGCAGCGCUAGUCGGGUAUCUACACAAUAUGGAGUUGUGGAAACUGUAUACACAAAAAAAGGAAUUUGUGGUGUUCCAUGCAGAUGUGAAGGCCAUUGAAUGCCUUGGAGCACCAACGCCGACCCUUGCGUGUUUUGUUUCAAUUAGGCCCAAAUCCCGGUCAAACACUGAGCCCCCAUUUUACAAGAAUAAAAUUCGGGUUUCCUAGUCUUCCGAUUCCGUGGCCAUGGUUAAGACAGAGCUAGGGCAUUAUCUAAACGGGACAAAAGAUGACCAUUUUGCCUGAGAAAGGUGUGUCGGCUCACGGUGCAGGGUAAAGAUAAGGGAAGAACUUCGGUUUAUUGGAUUUAUCUAUUCCCCCGUACACAUUCUUAAAAGAAGGGAAACAAAGGGAGAAUCAACAAUCAGUCGCUGUUAAAAGACAAAUGGAGAUGACAGACUCUAUAUCCUCAUAGAUUUCCCUUAGCCAAGUUCAUCUGACGUCGGCGAAUUUGUGUACUGCUGAUCUUGGUCUCAAAAUUCUCCACAUUCUCUCCUUGGCUUUCACCUUCACUGGCGUCCAAGACAUCAACUUCAAAAACCUCGAGCAUCGACCACCCUUUCUUCUCACGCUCGUCAUUCACGGCUUGCCCGCCCAAUCGAGUCUCCUUGGAUACGACCAAAGCGCUUAUGGCUUCGUCCGUGAUAGUGGGGCCGAAUGGGUCAGAAAUCUGAACGAAUUUGAUAUCCAGGUCCGAUGACACCCGCACGCGGACAUACUUGCCAUUUGGAGCGGGAUGGUGAACAUAUUCAAUUUUGGCGGUCGCGGCCGGGGUGGCAUACUGCUUCGCAAGUGGUGGGGAGAAAUGUAUCACUGAUUCCAUAAAUCCCCAAACUCCCUGCCAUCGCUCAUCCCAACUUUCUAGGUACUCUGCAUAUUGUUUAUUCACCAGCAGCUCAUCCCCAGUGAUGCCAAUGGUGAUGGUCCUUUGAACCGGCUUAGAUCCUGGCGGCACUUCAUCAAUAGCAAGGGCAGUCGCUGUGAGCAGGAGUUUGUGCCCUGCAUGCAGAUGGUCAAAAGUACCGCCAACUGCAACGGAAUAAUGGCGUCGCGGAUGCAGUGCGAGUGGCUCAAGAACCGUUGGCUGCGGCUGUAACGCUGACACGCCUGGAAGCCUUCGAAUGGUGGGGGCCAGAUUUGACAGCCCUCGUUUCUUUGCUGUCGUGGUAAGCGCAUUCAGGAGCAUAUCCCCUUCUCUUGUCCCGAGAAAAAAAAUGCUUUCCCAGGAACGACCUGAAGCUGCGAAAUCGGUCAGAUGGAUAAUUGGGCCCAGAUUAGCACGCGAGACCUGGGAGCGAUUUGUAUCACCACCAUCGUUAUUGUCGCUGCCAUUCUCGCUAUCGUCAAGGAAAAACACUCUUGCAUCCACCCCCCCGGGCCCGUCCAAUUCAACCGCUUGUGCAACACUCGUCACGCCGAGGAGCCUAUAGAAAGAAGCCAGCAGCUGUUGUAAAUGCACGAACGACCUGCCUCGCGGUGCAGAAUCCGGUGCAGCUAAACCACGUGCGGUAAUUGCGAUAUCUAAUACCGCUUUACUACUAGUUCCUUUGAUAGGACUGGAAAGUUCGGCAAGGAUGAUUGACAACGCGGGGUUGUAUGCAGCUUUCAAAGAAGAAUAUGAGGUUGAGGACGUGCUAGGGAGUAAGAGCAAUGCUUCAUGGCGAAGAUCUCCGCCAGACGCCAUAUCGUCCAGCAUUCAGAACCCUACAAUAUAAGUUGAUAUAAAGUUGCCUCGAUAAGAUCGGGUAAUAUUAGAGCUGAACCGAGCCGAAUAGAAUGUGCCUUGGGAGACGCGAACGCCAGAUAUUGUAUUAGUGAAGGACGAGAAACAUGCAAAGAUACUGUAUAAUCGUCACGGGCUGGCUGAUUCACUGGUAUAUGCUUCGAAUAGACACGUUUUCCUUUUGAUAUUGCUUUAAUUUCUAUAGUUAUUUAUAUUUCGUCGGCGGGGUGUCUCUCUUCCCAUAAAAUGAGCCGAGGGAGAGGGAAGCUGAGUCACGUGUAUACCUCUGCUGAGUCAUGCGCUCGCCAAGGCAAUGCGGCUCGUUGUUGACGUCGAGCUCGCGAUAUCAAAUCGCCGUCGACACUCUCUGCAGUUGGUGAAUAUGCCUCUACAUGGGCAACAUCACGUCCAUUAUCCUACAGGUAGUGCACAGGAUGCACCCCCAACUAACCCUAGUGCAACUGGUGGAGUGUUUCAGACUACACAAGUUCUAGGCUCUGUUGGCGCUCCCAUCGCGAACUUGCGCGGCGCCCCUCCAACACCACAUCCUCAGGCUCCCAUACCAGGCAUAGAGGCUUGAGAUACCUCCCUACCCUCCACAACGUAAGCUUCUACUAUGGCGGAACCCUCUCAGACCUUCAAUGGCCCCCGGCGGCAACAAACUUUCCCGCGACAGCCAGAGGAACUACACAUCCCUGCAGCGAGCAACUCAUUGGCCUCAAAUGGUCCCCGACCAGGCCAACAUCAGUUUCCCUCUGCAUCUGACUAUAGCGCACCGUCAAUAAAUAUUCAACCGUCCCAAUUCUCCAGUGGUGCUAGCAAUAACACCACCUCACUUCCGGGAGCAUUGCAGCCGGGACCUGGAAAUCGACCAGGUCCUUCUAAUACCACUGCUCCGCCAUCCAUACAAAUGCUACCACACUUGGCCACCCAACCGCUCUCUCCCAACACGCCUACAAAAUCCAGCCAAUCCAGCCAACAACAAGCAUUCUCUAGGUCCAGUCCGUCGUCCACGUUCGAUCAACAGAAAUACAAACAUGUAGGGAGCACACCUGAUAGUGGGAAGUACAUAUCGCCGACUUCAGGCACUUAUGCGGCACAGACUCCACAGACGUCGUCUCCAUACUCACCUUUAGGACUGGCUGAUAUCAGACCCCACAUUGAUUCUGCGAUGUCGGAAGCCACAGGCAGUUCUGUGGCAGGAGGCAAUAGUGCUAAUAUCCUAUACCCUACAAACAGUAAUUACCUCGCUCCAUGGGCGGUAUACGCCUUUGAUUGGUGUAAAUGGCCUGCUCCGCCAGGAGGGUCAUCAUUCGGGAAAAUCGCUCUAGGAAGCUAUCUUGAAGACAGUCACAAUUAUAUUCAAAUUCUAAGCGCACAGCGUGCUUCUUCAGAUGUGCCGGAAUCUCCCGAUGGAAAUCCGGGUUUGGAAUUUAUAAAGACCGCGGAGGCUACACAUUCAUACCCGGUGACCAGAAUAUUAUGGGAACCUCCCUCGUCCCAAAAGCAAUCAACCGAUCUAUUGGCUACCUCUGGCGAUCAUCUGCGCCUUUGGUCAUUACCGGCAGACUCCCACUCUCAGUCUUACCUGAGUAACUCUAUCAACCGAUCAAGCAAGUCGAGAAAUCAACCUAUACAGAAGCUUUCACCGCUCGCUCUACUUUCCAACUCCAAAUCGCCGGAACAUACUGCUCCAAUUACAUCAUUAGAUUGGAAUGUUGUGUCUCCAAGCCUAAUCAUCACUUCAAGCAUCGACACUACAUGUACUAUUUGGGACAUUCCCACGCUAACGGCUAAAACCCAGCUGAUUGCACAUGAUAAAGAAGUGUAUGAUGUCCGAUUCUGUGCCAACAGUGUUGAUGUGUUUGUUAGUUGUGGCGCAGAUGGCAGCGUUCGAAUGUUUGACCUAAGAAGCCUAGAGCAUAGCACGAUUAUCUAUGAACCGUCCGAAAAAAAUGAAAAGUUAGCGAACCCAGGGAACCUUACGCCACCCUCUCACAAUGCCCCCUGGCCUCCUUCCCUACUAAGAAUAGCCGCGUCACCCCACGAUUCCCAUCUACUUGGCACCUUCUCUCAAGACUCCAACAUAAUCCGCAUACUUGAUGUUCGACAACCGGGCCAAGCCCUACUCGAAUUAAAAGGCCACGGAGGUCCCAUAAACUGCAUCGAAUGGUCUCCCACCCGCCGCGGCACCAUCGCCUCAGGCGCAGAUGACUGCCUCGUUCUAGUCUGGGAUCUUAUCAAUCAAAGCAAUGCUGCAGCUUUCCCCCCAGCUCCGCCCCCACCAAAUCAUAGUGGCACUUCCAAUGGGCCCGCAACCGUUGAACGUGGCCCCGCCGCAGCGUGGCAAUGCGAUUACGAGGUUUCGAAUAUUAGCUGGGCGCCGCAUGCGAGUGGCGGCAUGCCUGGGGCACCUGGGGUUGGUGGGGUUGGUAGGGAUUGGGUGGGGGUGUGUGGUGGUCGUGGGCUGUGGACAGUGUCGAUAUGAAACUUCUCUUUUAUCACAUUUUCCCUUUUCUGUUUCGAAAAAUUAGAAGAUGGAGAACAGACAUCUUAAGAUUUUCCGCGGAGUGAAGAGUACGGCUGCUGCGGGCGGAAGAAGAUAAAAGAAACAUACGCAUUGGUCCGGUUUGAACUGUCUUGUUUUUUGCUUCCUUUUUGGUCGACCUUUAUAUAUAGGUGGGAUCACUCUGGACCGUUCCGCGUUUUCUCUUUCUCCCCGCUUUUGUCUCUUUCACAUACAUAAUCUACCCUAUACGUUUUCAGGUUCAGAUUGGGUUUGGAGAACGGUCGUUCGAGAUGGAAAACUUAAUGAAUUACGAAAGCCUUUAUUUUUUGCCUUAUUUUUUGCCUUCGUUUCCCUCUCUCACAUUUUCUUUCUUUCUUCUGUGUUUGUUUGGCUCCCAUAUUUAGCUUUUAUUCUUGGAUUUCACAAUACAAGAUUUCUGGUCUCCCAUUUUAUUUUUAUUUUAUUUUUAUUUUAUUUUUUAGUUGUUGCUCCUUUUGUAUUACCGAGCUUUAUAUUCCCGCCCUCUAAUAAAUAGAUACAAGCGAUUUGCGGCUUUUUCCUUCUCGCAUUCAACCCCCGGGCUUUCCAGUUUGGAAGUGGCUUUUCUAUUCCAAUUCUUUAGGAAUUGGGAAUAAUAGAUCCAAGUCAGAAAGAAGAGGCGCCUUGAAUGAUGUUGAACAGAAAUGACGGUUAAAAGAAGAGCGCCGACAAAUAAGAAGCGGGUAGUUGGGGAAGAAAUCCACGAGACGAGCCGGGGAUGGACAGAGAUAGAAUUCCAGGUCAUCGUAUAAAGGCAAAUACAGAAAAACCAUGCUAGGAACACCGUGAAAAUAAAAAUGGAAGCAGUAAAAGGGCCAAAUAUAUACACACAUUCCGCAAUGCCAUUUAUAUGUCGGAUAAUCGGAAGAGGAAAAAUGAAUAUUAAUUAAAAUACAAACACGCACAAAAAAGGCUAUAAACCACAUACCAAGAGCCGCCUCUCCACCCACCUUGCAAACCGAACAGUGGGCACAUCCACGCCCCGCCAGAACAUAUCCGCCGCCCAAAUGGACACAGGCAAACAAAUCAACCAUCCAAUCGUAAUUCCAAA